GAAAAAUUGCACAGAAAGCGAAAUCUCUGCUGCGGUCAAAACCAUAGCAAGCCAGUGCACCAAAGUGAAAAUGAACAUCUCUUUGAGGAACAUCACUGAAUUGCCAGCGCAUCUUUUUAACUCACAAGAAGUCGGCAUCCUUCAACAGUUUCUUGAUUGCUACCCUUCUGACACUCACUUCAAGAAGAAUUCUAUUUAUUAUGAUUGUAAAGCGGACCCAUCGAAGCAUUUGAAGGCAUUUUAUUAUCUGACGCGAUGUUCUGAAUCUCUCUACAAUAAGUCGUUCAACUGCUUUCCUCUGAGAAGAACAUUCAUAACUAGUUAUAUGACUAUAGAUACAUAUAUUGUAAACACUCAGAUUUUAAGAAACUCUGUCAUUAGCCACUUAGACAAAGAAGUAAUCUGGGGAGUUGUACUGAACAUGAAAUCCAAAGCUAUGAAACCUCAAUGAGACAAUAAACAAAUGAAGUUUAGAGGUACUAUUUACACAGAUGGUGUUGCCGUAUC